AUGGAAGCCCCAAAUUUUGGUCCUACAAUUCCAACCCUUCCAAUCACCAGUCAAAGUAAGACAAGUGUCUCGUCAGUUGUUUCAAAAAGCACUACAGAAGAUAAUGAGACUGAUUGUGAGACAGACGUUCCAACCAUCAUUCCAAGUGGGUCAGUUCUUCCAACAACGUCUGUUCUUCCAACUAUUAUUCCAACUGGGUCAGGAUCUAUUACUGUUCUCCCAACAAAGUCAACCACUUCUGAUGACGACGAUGACGAGACUGAUUGUGAAACUGAAAUUCCUACUAUCCAUCCAACUGUGUCAACCACUAGAACAUUUACUUCCGAUGGGGUGCCAACAACUCAAACACUCACCACAAAAUUACCUCCAACCACUAAUCAACAUACUGAAACGGAAGUUGUUUCUAUCACAUAUACUGGUGGUGGUCAGACAUUUACCACUUAUCUCACACAAUCUGGUGAAAUCUGUGAUGAAACUGUUACGUUGACAAUCACAACCACAUGUCCACUGACAACUGUUGCUCCAGGUGGACAGCUAUAUACCACGACUGUGACUGUUAUUACCACACACACUGUCUAUCCAGAUGACUGGGAAGAUGAUGGCUAUGAAGGGGAAGACAAUGCCGGUGGUUCUGCCAGUGGCUCCUCUGAUGAUGGUGAAUGGGAAUGGUAUGAAGAAGAUGAUGGCGAAUGUGUGCCAACAGGUGGAUCAAGUUCUGGAUCUGGCACAGGCUCUUGGUGGGGUUCUGGUGCUGGAUCAAGUGGUGGUACUACUUCUGGAUCCAGUUCUGGUGUUAGUUCAGGUGAUUCCGGUUCUUCUUCAGUUACUGGUGGAUCGUCUGGAAGCUGGUGGGGUGGAUCUGGUAACGAUUAUGUUUGCCCUGGUGAAGAUGGCUACGAUGAUGAAGAUGAUCAAACUCCUGAACCAGAGUGUGACGAUGAGGAUGAUAGCUGGGAUGAUGAUGAAGAGUGUGAUACACAAGCUGCUAAGGAAGUUGUCAACUCGGUUACUGUUGCUGCUGAAAGUGUUUAUCCAUCUACCACUGCUGCCAGUUUGACCACAUCAUGGAUAUCGACACAAACUGCCCAAUCAGUGACACAAAUUGAGAAUAUUGGUGGUAAGGUUUCUGCCAGUGGACUUUUUGUUGUUCUUGGGUUGUUGUUGAUAUAA